AUGCAGUAUCUGAUUGUCGCAUCGCUCUUUGCCGCUUUGACAUUGGCUUCCCCAUCGCCUGACCCCUUCAAUAAGCACAAUCCCGAUGUGCUUGCCGAUACUGGAACGCGUCCUACUGGCACAAUGCAUGGUGUCAAUCUGGGUUCUUGGUUAUUGACGGAGCCGUACAUGGUGCCUUCAUUGUACGAAGAUCCCGAACUUGCGGGAUGGCAUUUUGGCACGGAUGGUAAGGUCGUCUUCAGCAAAAAUGUUCCUAAAGAUGCCAAGCCUGCAAUCAUCGAUGAGUACACGCUUUGGAGUGUGUUGGGUCAUGAUAAGGCUCUCAAACUCUUGGAAAAGCACUGGGACACCUGGUACACUGAAGAUGAUUUCCACAAGUUCAGUGCAGCGGGUUUGAACACCGUCCGAUUGCCAAUUGGCUACUGGACAGUCAACCCAAUUGCAAGUGAUCCCUACGGAAUGGGAAUGGAAGCUGCUUUCUAUGUCGACAAAGCUCUCGAAUGGGCUUCGAAAGCCAACCUCAAGGUCAUCAUUGAUCUGCAUGCUGCGUACAAGUCUCAGAACGGUUUCGACAACUCUGCUAGAGCCGGCGUGGCAGGCUGGGGUGAUGCUGAAUCGGUGAAGCACACACUGCAGACACUGGAGCUCAUCGUCAAGAAAUGGGGCUCGCAUUCGAGUGUCUAUGGUAUUGCAGUCCUCAACGAGCCAGCAUCUUUCCUGAUUUCCAGCAAAAUCAUCGAUGACUUCCACAAGAAGGCAAUUGAAGUUGUCAGGCCCUUGGGUAAGGAUAUCUACAUCUCCGACAGCUUCCGCCCCUACGCGGAAACGGCGAAACUCUUUGGCGCAAGCAAGGCCAAGUACAGUGAGCAUGUGGUACUCGACACGCAUCUAUACCAGGUCUUCUCUGACGGUGAGAACAGCAUCACGCACGAUCAUCACCUUAAUUGGACUUGCGGUGAUCGACGAAAAGAGGUGGCCGCUGGAUUUGCAAAGAUGAAUCUCAUUGUUGGCGAAUUAUCGGGUGCUCAGACUGAUUGUGCCAAAUACUUGAAUGGUUUCAAGAAGGGCAGUCGCUACGAUGGCACGUUUAAUAACACGAAGCCGAUGGGCGACUGCAAGGACAAGCAGAGUCUCAAAACGAUGUCUGACACAGCCAAACAGGAGGUCAAGGAAUUCAUCGGUGCUCAAUUGGACGCGUACAGCUCUUCCAGUAUUGGUUGGCUCUUCUGGGCUGGUAAAGCCGAAGCGACUGCUGAUCUGUGGAGCUUCGAGGCGUUGUACGACGCUAAACUCUUUGAUUUCAAGGGCUCCAAAGGAUUUUGUGACAAAUACAAUGCAGGGAAGAAGCCAAUGGAAAUUCCUGGAGACACAGCCGGCCCUUCCACUCAGAAGUGAAUUGUCUUGGUUGCUGAGCUGUUUUUACGCUUGAUCAUAUGACUUUGAAGAGACCGGAUGGUUCCUAGUACGGUGACCACUCCUAUCCUUGCCUUAAUCCCUUCUAGCUUACCCUACAAUUCAAUUCAUCUUUCU